UAUUCCCCACCCUCCGCCCGCCCCCUCCUCCUCCGCAUCCCAUUCGCCCCCAAAUCGGCCGAGUAAACCCUAGCUAAACCCCGACCUCCGCCGCCGGCGAGCGAGAUGAACUUCAAGGGCGCCAGGAUGCCGAGCGCGCCGGCGGGCGCGGGCGCGCUGGUCAAGCUCGGGCUGCUGGGCGGCGCCGCGCUCUACUCGGCAACAAGACCCUCUACAACGUCGAGGGAGGCCACCGGGCCAUCGUCUUCAACCGCCUCGAGGGGAUCAAGGACAAGGUCUACCCCGAGGGGACUCACAUCGUCAUCCCGUGGUUCGAGAGGCCCAUCAUCUACGACGUCCGUGCGCGACCCAACCUCGUCGAGAGCACCUCCGGGAGCCGGGAUCUCCAGAUGGACCCUGGGGGAGAACUAUAACGAGAGAGUGCUGCCUUCAAUCAUUCAUGAAACACUCAAAGCUGUGGUUGCCCAAUACAAUGCCAGUCAGCUAAUCACACAGAGAGAGGCUGUGAGCAGGGAGAUCAGGAAGAUUCUGACAGAGAGGGCGAAGAACUUCAACAUCGCUCUGGAUGAUGUGUCCAUUACCAGUCUCAGCUUUGGUAAGGAGUUCACUCAUGCCAUUGAAGCCAAACAGGUUGCUGCUCAGGAAGCUGAGCGUGCCAAGUUCAUUGUUGAGAAGGCUGAGCAAGACAAGAAAAGUGCAAUUAUCAGGGCACAGGGAGAAGCAAAGAGUGCAGAGCUGAUUGGUAAUGCCAUUGCCAACAACCCUGCUUUUGUGGCGCUCAGGCAGAUUGAAGCCGCCAGGGAGAUCGCCCACACCAUCGCAGCCUCCAACAACAAGGUGUUCCUCGACUCGGGCGACCUGCUGCUUGGGCUCCAGUCGCUCAAGAUGUUGAACAACAACAACAAGAAAUGAGACCGUCUCCUGUCACGCAUGUUGAGUACUUUUGAGAGGAACGAACUCGCUUAGUUUCUAGCAUUCCCGACCUGAAAACAAGAAAUACGCCCUUGCUACUGUGAAUUAUUUGUGCACUUUUCAAGUGAACCUGUCAGCUAUUAUUGUUGUGCGUAGAUUAUAACGUCUGGGCGGUUAUGUGGUGAUUGUUAUGCUGGCUGUUUCUUCUUUAUGCCCAUCAAAGAACUUUGAGAUGCUAAUCCACGAAAAAUGAGUUGGAUAGGAGAGAAUUUGAAUAAAGUAGCUCUCGGAAGAUAUUGGCUUGGUUCA